AGAGAGAAGGCAAGAAAGCAUAAUGGCAUCCAUUUGCAACCUACAGUAUUUUCUUCUUCCAAGAAACCAAAGGCUUUACUUCUGGCUGGUGCCGCUGGUUUGGACUGUGACAUGGACAUUUUCUGUCACAGAAAGCACUUCUCCCAUUCACCUCAGAGGGGAGGUUGGUGGAAAUGUGACCUUUCACUGCCCAAGAAUACCAAGAAAGACAGUUAUAUUUUUCUACUUUCAAAUCGGCGACAAAUUUGUGAAUGGCUACUAUGCAUCAAAAAAUGUGACGGAGAUAUGGGAGAACACAAGAGUGGAUCACACCGAGAUGACGGUGCACAUGUACAGGCUGAACAUCUCACAUAGUGGGGAAUAUAAAUGCAUUAUUAGGUACAGUGACAAUGAGGAGAUUACUCAACAAGCCAUGCACCUCAGUGUCACAGCCAACUACACUAAACCUACAGUCACAAUGAACUGUGAUGAAAACCUCGGCUUUGGUUGUCUCCUGACGUGUGCAUCGCAUGGCGGGUACCCAGGCACCAAGAUGAUGUGGAAUGUACCUGUGUCUAGGAAUAGCAGCAGUCAGAUGUGGAAAGUUGUGAACAGCAGUGAAGUGCCCAAUCCAAGCACCAUGCUGUUCAACAGCUCCAGCACCGCAUACUUCAACUGUUCAAAUGAAGAGCUGAAGUAUCUCAGCUGCUCUGUGGGCGACGUCACCUCAGACAUGUUCUCAGUCUGUACACCCAUGGUUCCACCUGUAACUUACAGUCCUGUAAUGAUAGUAGCUACCUGCGCAGUGGUGGUUGUCAUUUUAAUGGUGGUAGCGCUACUUUCUUGCAAAUGCAAGAAAAGACAGACAGGAGCAGCAGCAGGAGAUGUGACACAAGAGUGGAGAGUAAAUGGAUGUGAGGAGGAGUUAAUAGUCCUCAAUGAAACCAAAGGAGGGAAAGAGGCAUCUUGAGUGCUGAAUUGGUGAAGAAGUAUAUCCGAUUUUUAUUCGGAUGGAAAAUAUCACUCAACUGUGUAUUUAAAUUUGUGACUGACUAGCUACAUACAAGCCAUGGCCAGUGACCACAAGAGUCGGUACUUAUCAGGGACCAUAUGCUGUCCACAUUUUAGUGACACUUGUGACUUUUAGAAUUUGAGGAAGUAUUCCUUAGUAUCCUUUUACUGUAGAAGGACAGCACGUCACUCAACUGAACUAAUACCUUAGUUCCCCAAAAAAGGACUUUUCUAAUGGUUUGUGGUGACAUUGUUGCUGAAUACUGGAAAACAGCCUCUGAAGGUUUCCUUCCCAGCACUGUGAGCAGUUAAAUCAAAGGCAGAAAAGACGGCGUUUCGGGUCUGGUUAAAUGUAUAUUUGAUUUUUACACUGGCAUCUAUGGGACUGUUACACCUGCUAAAAGUGUCACAUUUAGGAUGUUUUUUGUAAUUUUUAAAUACAGUAUAUUGUUGUUGCUGCACUUUAAAGUCUGACUCGUUUUCCUUUAGUGGCCCACUUUUUAAUAUUCUGUUGUCUUUAGUGUUUGACCCUCUGGAAAUAUAUAUUUUUUUUUAAUGUAAUGGCCAUAAUAGAACAGUCAAUGUUAGUCCUGUCAAGCUACUCCUUUUUUUUUUCUUUAAUAUUAGUUAACUAAGUUGUGUUCAGGGUUUUACUCUUCAAUUAGUUUUGUCCAUCACAAAUGGUCUGUAGCAGAACCUGGGGAAAAUAUGUGAAAAUACAGAGAAGAUGGAUGUCAGAAUACUAUUUGCACAUGAAUUUGUUCUCUGCAAUUUGAUUAUUCAGUUUUUAAGUUUUCUGUAGUGUGCAGUAGAUUCCAGUAUUCAAGGACUCCCCUGUAAGGUGCAAUAUUGAAUAGAAAAAGGGAAAGAGGUAUUUCUUUUAUAAUGAAGUAACCGUUACCCUCAUUAUUACCACUUUGGUCUUCUUCACAACUCAAAGUCAUUGUUGGUGUGAUAUAACCUUUUUGUAUGCUAUUUUGGUAAAUAUUUAUUUCAUUUUAUGUUUUUCUUCUGAAAUAGUAAACUAUAUAUAAUUUGCCCUUUUUACACCGGUGGGUAAAGAUACUUCUGUUAUUCUUCCUCUCUCAGAUUUGCCAGUCUCAAAGGGCUGCUUUCAUUUCCUAAAUCUGUACAAAACACUCUUCUCCAAUUGCCUUUGUAACUUUGUCUUGUUUGUUUAGCAUUUCACACAACUUCACCUUGUCGAUCUCAUUUUUAUAUGAUAUUUAAAUGUAUAAUCAAUUAA